AUGGAGGUGGCGCUGCCUAAGGACCUGAAGGGGUCCGCUAGCCUGGCCGAGAGGAGACACGCGGAGCUGUGCAGGCAGGAACGGGUCUUCAACGCCAGGAACCGGAUCAUUGGGGGAGACACAGAAGCCUGGAAUCUUCAGGUUCAUGACCAGAACAUAAAAGAAGCAACUGAAAAAGCUAGACAUGAAACCUUUGCCCUUAAGAAAGAUAUUCCAGCCCGGCAGUCAGAUAAUGAUAUUCGGAAUACAGUAUCAGGAAUGCAGAAAUUCAUGGGAGAAGAUUUAAACUUCUAUGAGAGGAAGAAAUUCCAAGAGGAGCAAAACAGAGAGUGGUCCUUUCAACAGCAAAGGGAAUGGAGGAAUGCCCGUGCUGUCCAAAAACGUGCAGAGAACCUCUACGCAGAGACAAGGCUGCAGUUCGAUGAAACAGCCAGGCACCUACAGAAGCUGGAAAGUGCCACCAAAAAGGCAGUUUGUGCAGCUGUGAAAGAGUUCAACAAGAACCAGGCCAUGGAGUCAGCGGAAAGGAAAAAGCAAGAGAAAAAGCAAGAACAGGAGGACAACUUGGCUGAGAUCUCCAGCCUCCUACAUGGGGACCUGCUCUCCGAGAACCCGCAGCAGGCAGCCAGCUCCUUUGGGCCCCACCGUGUGGUCCCCGACCGCUGGAAGGGAAUGACCCAGGAGCAGCUGGAGCAGAUCCGCCUGGUUCAGAAACAGCAAGUCCAGGAGAAGCUGAGGCUCCAGGAGGAAGAGUACCAGCGAGACAUGGACUGGGACCGGCGGCGGAUCCAGGGGGCCCGUGCCACUCUGCUGUUCGAGCGGCAGCAGCAGCGCCAGCAGCGAGACCUGCGCAGGGCUCUGGACAGCAGCAACCUCAGCCUGGCCAGGGAGCAGUGCUUGCAGAAAAAAUGUAUGAAUGAAGUCUAUACAAAUCAACCCACAGGAGAUUAUUUCACACAAUUUAAUACAAGAAGUCGAUAAUGAAAAAGACAUCCUCAUUCCCCUUGUUUGUGUAUAAAGUACAGCAACCUUAAA